CUGAUGUCGGGGAGCUGAAUAUUAAAAGGGUGAAGGUGGAGUUAUUACUUGGCUGUAUUUUUUUUUCUUUUUCCAUUUUCUCCUUUAUUUUGAAAAUCUCCAGGUAAAGCGUCUGCGAGCUAGAAGCUUAAAAAGGUCUGUGGUAGAGAGGUGAGUCAGCGGGCGCCAAAGGAUUAGGAAUUGGUGCGUCGGAGAGAGGGUCCUCUCUUCCCCGAGGAAGGAGGCGGCAGGGCUGCUGCCAGGACCGAAAGCCGGUCCCCUCCCCGCCGCGCGCGGGCUGGCGGCUCUGCAUCCGCGCUCCAGGAGGACGCUGGCAAACAACGCUCCGCAGCCGCCCGGGUCUUGGCUAACAUUUCGCAUCCACGUCUCCCGGCCUGCGCGCCUAGAAGCUGGAUCUAGCAUGAGUCCAGCCACGCAGUGGGUAACUGCGGGCAGGGAGAAGUGCCCAGAUGCCAACGGUCCCCGCCUUUGAGAGUCGACGGCAGACCAGUACUUGCUUAUGGUUUGAGGGGAGACAGUGCUCGAUUUUUGAAUUCCAAGUUAUGCGCAAAAUGCUCAAUCUGCUAACCUGGACGAAUCAGACAGUGCAGAAAAGGGACCGCCUGUAAUUCUGGGAUUGCAUUUUGCAACACGUCUUUUCGAGCUUCUUGCUAAGUCUCGGAUAGGGAGGGAGCUGGGGCCCCGGGCCAGUGCACUGGGUGGAGAGGGUCUGCGGGCAGCCCCGCGCGCCCCUGCCAUGUCGCCUUUAAUGCCCUACCCCUUUGCGUGGCCAUCCGAGGAUUUCCAGGGCUGGCAGGGGUUGCUUCCCACCUGCACGCUCUCUCUUACCCCUAGACAACCCCAGCAGGCAAGGCUCCCCCGAGCUGAGACCUUUUGACUCCCUGCUCCCUGGCUCCGGCCUCCGCCCCCGCCUGGGGGUGGCCCUCAAGAGCUGGACGUCGCCCGGCCCGGCUGGGACCAUGGUGUUUCUCUCUGGAAAUGUUUCCGACAGCUCCAACUGCACCCACCCGCCGCCACCGGUGAAUAUUUCAAAGGCCAUUCUGCUCGGGGUGAUCUUGGGGAGCCUCAUCAUUUUCGGGGUCCUGGGGAACAUCCUGGUGAUCCUUUCCGUGGCCUGCCACCGGCAUCUUCACUCGGUCACUCACUACUACAUCGUCAACCUGGCGGUGGCCGACCUUCUACUCACUUCCACGGUGCUGCCCUUCUCCGCUACCUUCGAGAUCCUGGGCUACUGGGCCUUCGGCAGGGUCUUCUGCAAUAUCUGGGCGGCGGUGGACGUCCUGUGCUGCACUGCGUCCAUCCUGGGACUCUGCAUCAUCUCCAUCGACCGCUACAUCGGCGUGAGCUACCCGCUGCGCUACCCCACCAUCGUCACCCAGAAGAGGGGUCUCAUGGCUCUGCUCUGCGUCUGGGCGCUCUCCCUGGUCAUUUCCGUCGGGCCUCUGUUCGGCUGGAGGCAGCCGGCCCCCGAAGAUGAGACCAUCUGUCAGAUCACGGAAGAGCCGGGCUACGUGCUCUUCUCCGCGCUGGGCUCCUUCUACGUGCCGCUGGCCAUCAUCCUGGUCAUGUACUGCCGGGUCUACGUGGUGGCCAAGAGGGAGAGCCGGGGCCUCAAGUCCGGCCUGAAGACCGACAAGUCCGACUCGGAGCAGGUGACGCUCCGCAUCCAUCGGAAAAAUGCCCCCGCGGGAGGCAGCGGGGUGUCCAGCGCCAAGAACAAAACGCACUUCUCCGUGAGACUCCUCAAGUUCUCCCGGGAGAAGAAAGCGGCCAAAACCCUGGGCAUCGUGGUCGGCUGCUUCGUCCUCUGCUGGCUACCUUUCUUCUUAGUGAUGCCCAUCGGGUCUUUCUUUCCCGAGUUCAGGCCCUCAGAAACAGUUUUUAAAAUAGCGUUUUGGCUCGGAUACCUAAACAGCUGCAUCAACCCCAUUAUAUACCCGUGCUCCAGUCAAGAGUUUAAAAAGGCCUUUCAGAACGUCUUGAGAAUCCAGUGUCUCCGCCGGAAGCAGUCUUCCAAGCACGCGCCGGGCUAUACGCUGCACCCACCCAGCCACGCGCUGGAGGGCCCGCACAAGGACCUGGUGCGCAUCCCAGUGGGAUCAGGAGAGACCUUCUAUAAGAUCUCCAAGACGGAUGGGGUCUGUGAAUGGAAAUUUUUCUCUUCCAUGCCCCGUGGAUCUACCAGGAUUACAGUGUCCAAAGACCCAUCAGCCUGCAACACUGCCCGGCUGCUUCACUAUUGCAGAAUGCGUGAGGGUCAAGGUCCCCAGUGCCCAUGUGACAUGCUGGAGUGGGCCUCAUGGUCGAGGACUAUUAACCAUGAAACUACCUGCACACAGCUCCGCUCGAGCCUGGUCGGAACACUGGUGGCACCUGCUCCUUGUCUACAAACUGUGCUGUGGAGCAGGCUGAGCCCAGGCGGCUGCUGUGGGCUCUACCAUCUUCAAAAAGCACCGGGAGCCGUGGCCUCUGGCCCUCCAAUGUCCCUGCAAGACAAGUGAGUGGAGAUGACUGUUGUGGGGCUGGGCUGGCAAAAGCGAGCUAGGAUUUGAGCCAAGGAUACACGACCUCUUGCCAAUGCUCCCAUCAGCUUUACCUCUUUCACGCUUCCCCGGACCCAAAUGUCUUGGGGGCUGACGAUGGACCUUAUCUGCUCUGUAUAGGAAAAGAUUUCAUCUUUGCUCCUGCAACACGGACUACUGGGUCUCUCACCUAAAGGCAAGGCCAUGGCAGGUGGGAGGAGGGUGUGAAGGAAGAAGACUGACCAUGGACAUGGCUCAAAGCAGGAUGGCUAUUUCGGUAAUGUGUUGUUGCAUUUGAUAAACAAGGAACUGCCCUAAAGCUGAUGCUUUUUCAUUUCCAAAGAGAAAAUAAUUGUCUUGACCUGUGGCUCAGGAGUUAACUCCGUUACUUUCCCUCCAUACCAUAGUCAACGUUGCCCAUAAUAGGCUAGAAACGAUUAUUGCUAAACUAGGAGAAAUACAGAUUUAAUUAGGAAAAAAAAUCUAAGAGCAAAUUCAUGCUGUAUUUGGUGGGAAAAAAAUAAUGAAGGCCCUGAUCUGUGAAAAAGCGUGAAUACAGUCGGUGCAUUCAGAUGUGACAGAAAAGAAUCUACAGAAAAUCACAGCAUGAGUUCAGUAUUUUCUCCUAUUGAUACACUUCUUCAUACUGGUCAGGGUCCUCUUGCUUGUCCCGAGGCAUUCCUGUGAGGCAGAAAGCGAAGAAAAGAAUUACUGUCUCUACUUAGCACAUGAAGAAACAAGGGGAAAGAUGAGGUGAGGGUUAAGGGUUUCUUUGAAUAUCCCCAAAUCCAGCCUCUGACUUCUUUUUCCAAGAUGCCUUCCAUUUCCCCAGCGUCCGCUGUGUUUCUUGAGACCCUGACCUUCAUGUUUCACUCACUCACCUCUGAGCCGUGCUUUCAGCUCCGUGUGCACCCUCUCUCCUGCUGCACCUCUGUCCCCAGCUGGGCCAGUCAAGAUUGUUCAAGGGGCUGAGUGCGUAUCUGUCUGUGCUUCUCCCAUUGGCUAAAAGACCAGCAGUAGAGCUACGCAGAGAAGCAGGCCAGGGGGCUCUCGGCUUGCUCAACGGGGUGAUGGGUCAGGAAAAGCCAGCUGUGACUGACACCUUAAGGACUUCAGGAACGCCAGGGUCUCAGCGGGAGUUUGGGGAAUGUUUGUUUUCCAGUGCGCCUGAGGGUUGUGUACGCCCCAGUCAUCUCCCGUCAGCAAGCCGUUCCCUUCUCCUGCACCAGGCACUGUACUUGGCAGAAAAACAAUACAGAAAGGCACGGACAGUCCCCAGCUUGUGAUCUGGGUGUGUUCCAAGCUCAUUGGUUGCAUUUUUUCCCGAGAGGCAUUGUUAGAGAUGGGGCAGGGAAGGAUGCUCUCAGAAGAACCAAAAAAUUAAAACUCUACAUAAUGGACACCAGGGGUUGGCAAACCUUUUCUGUAAAUGGCAUGUGGGCCACACAGUCUUGUCACAUAGUUUUCUAUGUUUAACUUUUUUCUUUUUUCUUCUUCUUUUGUUGUUUUUUUUUUUUGGUUUUUUGUUUUGGACAACCCUCUAAAAGUGUAGAAACCAUUCUUAGUUCACAGGCUGUACCAAAAAACAGACCAUGGGCCAGAUUUAGCCCACGGGCCGUAAUUUGCCAUCCUUGAUGGCUGGCAUCACUAGUUUACAGUGUCGCACAAAUCCUGCUAGGCCGUAGGAUUUUUUUAAUUUUUAUUGACUUGUUACAAGCAUUUUUUUAAUAUGCCCUUGACACAUCGACACUUGAUGACAUUAAUGUUCCCAAACUGGAUGAGUUGUUAGGGAAGGUGAGCAGUUCACAUUCAGGGCUGGCACUUGCUGCGUAUGACCUGCUCACCCAAAGGAUGUGCUUUAGUCUGUCAUUGAUUUCCAGCCCGCCCUCCCACUGCCGGAUUCUGCAGGACAAGCAGGUCAGCGGAAGCCCCGGGGAGUCCACACAGGUCUUUGCAGCCCUUCACCUCAUCAGCAAAGUGCCCAGCACAAUCUGUCAGCUCUGAGGGCAGCAAUGGCCGGUCGGAGCCAUUGGACCGAGGCCGGUAUGAAAUUCCUCCCAGACCCCUGGAGCCAGCUGAAGGGAGUUCCCUGGAGGCCACGCUUGGCUCCUUGGGAAGGUGUCCUGACCACAGCAUCCGGCACCAGGGCAUCUGAGGGUCCUCCCUGGGACUCACCCGCACGUGGGUGGGAGGAUGGCUGCCUGGCAGGACCUCUUUCCCUCCUCUGUCUCCUCCUCAUUUUCUUUCUCUUUCUUUUUAAGUCAGAAAUGACCUAACUAGCCUCAAAAUGGUGUUUCUAAGGGAAACAUAUUUGGCCCUCCCCUGGGAUGAUUUGUGGGCGGGGCCUCCUGCCCCGGCCCCUCCCAGUCCUGAGGGGCGCUGGAGGGAGGAAGUGGUCCCAGUUGGAAACAAGGUGUGCAGUUCCCCUGGCCCAGGGCAGGGAGUGCCCAGCACUGAGAGAUGGCCGUAGAAUGGUGGUGGCAGCUGACCUGAUCGGGAAGGACCUGGGAGCAUCAUGGCCAGCGGACAGUGGCACCACUGCUGCGGUGGACGCAGAGGGAAGGCUUGGCCCCACCCUGUGAGGCAGCUUCCUUCCCUCCCCCUGGCCCUGUCUGCCUUCGUCUCUCCCUUCCUUCUUUCCAGUCUCCUCUCCACAGCCCUUCCCCUCUCUCCAUCAUUCCACCCUCCACUUCUUGCCAAACAUGCAAGCAGUGAUGAUGUCGGGGCAGGUGCCCUUGCUCCAGAGGGUGCCGUUUCCCAUGGGAUACCUGCUCCCAACACAGUCCUGGGUCACCAGAUGGGGCUCCCCUCAGCUGCUCCAUCCCCUCCCACGCUGAGGACAGAGACGGCCCCCGGGGUGAGUGCACACGCGAGGCUCCCCAGGGACACUUACCCUCUGCGCGGAUUGCCAUGUCUGUCUUCUUAUACUGUUAGUUCCAAAUGAAGGCUGCAAAUGCCACGUGCAGUCACAUCUUAGAAAAGAGCUGUCGUCAGGAUGGUUUCUCUGCCCCUCCCUAGAUGUGCAUCUCUCCCUUCAGCAGCUGCCACCUGUCCCCUCUGACAGUUCAGAAGUCUUUACCAAGCCCUACAGAGUCCCCUUCCCUUUCUCUUCUUCACCAUUUGUCCCUCCCUUUGUAUCUUGCCUAAGUACACCGGAGGGCCUCUGGUGUCUUGAUUAGUCCUGUAAACUAAACUGGGUUUCGUGUUAGCGUGAAGCAGCGAUGAUUCGCCCAGAAGGGAUCCUGCAGGCAAAACUCAACUGGGUGCAAGGAGGGCCUUCUUUUCUGGUGCUCCCGCGCCCCGUCCUGUGCCCACCAGCCCCCCUGCGCCUGGACCUUCACCGUGGACUCUUCCUAUUCCUUCAUCCUGUCCUUGUACCAGGAGCCUUUCUACUCCAAGCCAAGGAUCCUCUCCCACCAAGCAUGUGUCUGCGUCUGCUGACACAGCUCCUAGCGUAUGUAACCCCCCUGUCUUAGUAAGCUCAGGCUGUCUUUACAAACUACCAUGCAGCGGGCGGCUUAAACAGCAGGCAGUUACUCUCCCAGAAUCUGGAGGCUGCAAGUCUGAGAUCAGGGUGUCGUCGGGGCUGGCUCCUCCUCAGGCCUCUCUGCUUGGCUUAUGGAUGGUCGUCUUCUCGCUGUGUCCUCGCCUGGCCUUCCCUCUGCGUCUCCUCUUCUUACAGGGACACCAGUCCUGUUAGAUUAGGGCCCAAGCCAAUGACCUAAUUUAACUGCAGUUGCCUCUUUAAAGACCCUCACUCCAAGCACAGUCCCCUUUUGAGGUCCUAGGAGUUAGGAUUUCAAAUAUGAAAGUUAGGGCAUGGGUGCACGAUUCAGCCCUUAACAUUUCCCUCCCCACUGUCUUCAUUCCGCCCGUAAAAAUGCAUCCACGAUUCUUUUCCAAAACCAGAAGUUCACAUUCAAGCCUUCUCGGUCACCCUUUCCAAGUUCUUACAGCAAUUGUCCAGAAAAUAUAUUUGGACGCUUUGUUGUGCAUUUUAUUGUGAUCUUUCUGUUGCUUUUCAAAAUCUUUAUUUUUUCACUUUAAAACAUCCUUGACACUCUAUGUAGAUUUCAUCUUCUCAACUAGAUGAAAACUCCUGGAAGGCAGGAACGAUCAUACCAUUUCAUAUGCCCCCGGCAGUGCUCAGCCCCUGGGUGGUCCUGUCUGCAGCCUGGGCCCCCUCCUAAGCAGGCAAGGAGGAAGGGGACAGAGAGCAGCAAAGGAUGACUAAUCCAAGCACUAGUUACCAGCAGGAGCUGGGGGACAGGUGCACAGGUCCCUGGGGACACCCGAGGACCCACCAGGAAGGUUCAGGUAAUAGUUGAUGGCACUGGGGUUCUGAAAAGAUACCGUAAGAUUCUGAUCAGGGUGCGGAGCUCAGCAGUGGGGAACCCCAGGCUGGUGACCAUCUCCAGGCCCGCGGGCAUGGAAUCCCUUUGGAACCAUCAAUGAAUGGGACACAUGCUAGACCCUGAGAGAAGAUGAGAUAGAUCAAGAGGCAAAGACAGAGCCCAGCCCUGGUAGACGGGUCUCCGAGGCACCCAGGGGAGGCUGAGAUCACCACGGGGCCCCAGUCCCAGCCCUGGAUGAGCUACUGCUGUUUCAAUGAUGUCUGCCCUCCAUCAGGAUGAGCUUGGAAAUGGGUGCCAACAAGCCUUCCGGUAGCUUUUCGUCUGCUUUGUCUCACAUGUGAAAAGGAAAGGAAAGGAAGGUACGCUGACUUGAUUGGGUAUGAGGAUGGAGACAACCAUUCCCCGCUGAAAGGCCUUUUAAUUCAGACUUCCCGAAGGCCCCCUCCCCGCAUUGCUGCUCAAGCCUCCGGUGACUGCAGGAUAAAAUCCUCGCUGCUGCUGCUCCGGCCUCUUGGGUCCUGCGGCCCUUUCUGUACGACCUUAGGGCACCUUGGCCUGGUCCUCUUGCUUCUCUUGAGAAAAUCUGAUCCCACUUCCGUUUCAUCAGCUCACCCAAACCCCUUACUGUAGACAAACGUGUUACCUGCAUGGUGCGUCUCUGACGGCCGUGGAGCGAUGCCUUCUCUUCUGCCUGGUUUUUGCUCAGAAGCAAGAGCAUUUGUCCUCAUUUGGAAGAAUCAGGACUAUUCUAACUGCAUGGCAUCUACUGUCUUACUUUCUGGUCGAAGAACAACACUGCUCAGCUACCCGUCCCCCCCACAGCCUCUCCCCCAGACUCUCAUGUUGGAAGUGUUUCUGGCCCAGCAAUAUCUGUCACAAGGGAACCCCGUUUUGUCUCAAGCUAUGUGGUUUGCCAGCUUCAGUCUAAUCUAGACAUUGCAGGAGAAAAAAAUCACAUGAAAAGGCCAGUCCUCCAAAAGUAUUCAGUGUAUUUAAGCCAAAAUUACCCCAAAACAGGUUUGAAUGAGUGCAGCAAUGGCUGAUUGAUGUACCCAGGGAAAAGAAACAACUUGUCUUUCUUCCCCACUCUGGUCCCCAGGCUUUCUGCUUAAAUCCAGCCUUAUCUCCAUAAUGAAAAGAUUUCAGCUCUGCGGCUUGGCUAAUUGAAGUCUCAAGGGUUGGAAGGCCCUUGAGCACAUUAAUCAAAAGUGGAGCACCAAUGUUAGUGCAUCUUAGUCCCCACGCCCUCCCCACCCAGGCCCUGUGUCACAGCAGAGGUGACGGUCCUGGUGAAGAGCCAGGAAAGAGGCGGCAUUGAUGGACUAGUAGAUGCAUGAGCAGAUUUAAUCAAAAAGAAAGAUGCUCAGAUUCAACCUGCCCAGUCAGAAGGCUAUUAAAAAGUAACUGAUGGAGUAUCUUAAAGAGCAAAACAAGCAAGGAUUAUAAAUAUUUAAAUAACAAGUUAUUGUUCGUUUUCUAUGUACUUUCUUAAUGGAGUUAAACAUUUAUUAGGGAACAAUUGAAUAAAAAAGUGUGGUCCCAUUUUCA